AUGACGGCGCGCCCUAACGGCACAUCUCUCGUUCUCCCAGGUCGAGAGAAAAGAAAGAAUCCGAUGAUCUCCGCCAGCGACGCCGAGUUCCAGCGGGAUUACCGCACGCUGGCCGGCGGCGGAUCCCGGCGCUUCGUGGACGGCGCUUCCAAUGGGGGGUCGCCGGCGUCCCCGUCGCCGGAGAGGCGGCGCGCUGCCAUCCAGGCCAAGAGCCUGGAGGCCCUGGACAGCAUCCACAAAGCCGACGGCGCCGUCGCGCGUAACAAGAUGGACGGCAGCCCGGGCAGCCUGUCGCUAGGGGGCGCCGCUCGAGGACGACAGCAACAAGCUAACUAUUGGAGCUUCAAGAGUCGGACGCCUCGCGCCAGCGGGCCGAGUCCGACGCGGUCGGGCCGAGCUCCUUUUUUGUCGGCCGAACAUCCGGACGCCAUGUCGGAGCGCGACGUUCCGGCGGGCUUCAGCCGCAUGAACCGCCUACGCCAGAGUCUCCCGCUCUCUCGCUCCUCUGCCAGCCAAGCCAAACUUCACGCGCCAGGUAUGCUGUUCCUGCAGCUGGGCGAGGAGACGCGGCGCGUGCACUUGACUCACGAGCUGAGCAGCCUGGACACUCUGCGAGCGCUCAUCGUGCACAUGUUCCCUCAGAGGCUCACUAUGGCGACGCUCAGGUCUCCCAGCACGGCUCUGCUGAUCAAAGACGAGAGCCGCAACGUCUUCUACGAGCUGGAGGACCCGCGAGACGUGCGCGACCGCUGCGUCAUCAAGAUCUACUGUAAGGAGCCGGUCUACGGAACCUACCCGGGACCCCGAAACUCGCACAUGGCCAACGGGGACCUCAGGCGAGAGAUGGUAUACGCCCCCCAGGACUCACCCCCCAGCCGGCGCCUGGGCACAGCCCCGGCGUCCUCGCAGCAUUGCCCGGCCUCAUCUUCGCCGCAGGGCUCGCCAUCACGGACGCGCCUCCUCUACGGCGGGGGUGGGGUCCGUCCCUCGUCGUACGCCGGGCCUCCGCCCCACCACCAAGGCAUGUUGCUGGCACAUCACUCGCCCCCUUUACAGCAGCCUCUUUUCGGCGCCUCCUCCAGCGCCAUCUUGGAACGGCGCGACGUGAAGCCGGACGACGAGGCGGGCGGGGCCCGCGGCGUGGUCCUCCUGCGUGCCGACGAGAGGGGCGGGGGCGGCGUUUACGCCGACCCCUACUCUCUGGGCCCGGAGUCCCGCUCGGGGCUUGCCGGGGCGCCGCACUCGCCGCUCCCCAGUCGGAGCGACCCGUACGGCUCCUUGUAUCGGCGAGGGGGAGCGGGCGGGACGGUGUGCUCACUAAUGGAGGGCGGCGGCCUCUACCGAGCGGGCGGCGGCCUUUACAACGAUGCUUACGCGGCAUCUAUGUUGGCCGUCGGGCUGCGCGUGCCGCCGCCCUCCUCGCCACAGAAGAUUCCUGACAUGCGCGACACCUAUGGGGGCACACUGCCGUCCCGCGGCUCCCCCGCUAGAGGCGAGCGACGCCGCGACUCGGUGUGCCUGGCCGGAGAUGGUCCCAGGGCUAGGGGGCUGACUUCAGAACAGCUGUGCCUGAUGGCAGCAGCGGCGGCGGGAGCGGACGGGCUCCGAGCGGACGAGACGGAAACCAGAGAGCGCAUGGAGGUGAUGGAGAAGCAGAUCGCUAGCCUGACGGGACUUUUGCAGCGAGUCCUCAGCAGAGCGCCCGAUGACAACAGCCCGGAUAAAAUGGAGUCGGCCAGCGAUGGCUCGGGAACCGAACCUGGACCUGCUAAAAAAAACAGAAAAGCCGCGACUCCCUCUGGCCCACUGGCGCUGAUGCCGCCGCCCCCGUCCUCCGACCGGCCGCCGAGCGUGUCACGCGGGCAGAUGCGGCGCCAACUGUUGGGCUUACAGCAGAGCACCAACGCGCUGCGUACGCAACUCUCGCAACUACGCGACAUGCAGCUGGAGAAUCAGGAUUCGGUGCUGGCGCUGCUGAGGCAGACGGAAGCGGAGCUUAGCGUGCUGACGCUGGAGGCGACGGCGCGAACGCAAGAAGAUCCUCUGCAACGACAGCGCCUCCUAGUGGAGGAGGAGCGCCUCAAGUACCUCAAGCAGCAGGAAGCGCUGGUGCAAAAACUCCACGAACUGGAAGCUUGGGUAGAGGAUCUUCGGUUGAAAUCGAGCACAGCAACCCCGGCCGCGAGCCAACGAGACCUUCAGCUGAAAAGUGAAGAACUCAAAUCGUUGGCCGACACUCUGGCUAGCCUCAAGAGUCAGUUCCCGGGUCUUCAGAGCAAGAUGCGCGUGGUUUUGCGCGUGGAGGUGGAGGCCGUGAAGUUCCUGAAGGAAGAGCCUCAUCGUCUGGAUGCGUUGCUGCAACGAUGCGAUAACAUCCGACACUCGCUCAGCACACUUCGGAAACAGGCCAGCGAGAAGGAGCUGGAAGACGUGUCCGGCCAAUCGCAGACCAGUUCCCCCCUCAGCUUGACGGAUAGCCUGACAGACAACCUAAUGGACAGUCUGACGGAGAACCCGUGCGACGACGGAUGGAUGUCGGUUGGCGCCGCCGAGCCGGAAGAGACGCCUCCGCUGAGCUUUAGGAGUCGAGCGGCUGCUGAGAAAAGCCUUAACACGCUAGUGUCUGCUGACGUCACGCUGGCGGCGGAGCGCGACUGGGAGGAGAAGCGGGCGAGCCUGACGCAGUUCAGCGCUCAGGACAUCAACCGUCUGCUGGAGGAGACGCAGGCAGAGCUACUAAAGGCGCUGCCUGACUUGGACUUGGCCGCCAAGACUGUGGCCAAACCCGCCGUCCCCCCCAAACCCCAAAUUGCUCCCUGUACCGGUGAGCCGUCGCCGGGCAAAGUGCAGCUGGCGGCGCAGAAGCUCAACAGCAUGGAGAGCGGGGCCUCACAGCGAGGAGCAGCAGACGUGGGCGUGACCCGAUGCCGCACGGAGAAGCCAUCCAAGUCUCCGCCUCCGCCACCCCCUCGCCGCAGCUUCCCGUCGGCGCUCGUCGCCCACCGCAACACCGACAACAAGAACAUGGAGGACGGCGAGCUGCCUAAAGCGCUGGCCAAGCUGAGGCGGACCCCCUGUGAUGCGCCGCGCCCUGCUUCCACGCCGCCCGUCAUGCCAAUGUCGGACCCGCAGGACGCUGACGACAAGGAGAUCCUCGGUGGUUCACCGGCGUCCGUCAAAGGUCCGACGGUGGCGGCCCGCCUCAAACAUUUAGAACAAGGAGGACGUAAGUCCAAAGAGGACGUCAAAGCCUUUCCGGGGGGACAGCAGCAGGUUUUCCACUUCUAG